CUCCAAGAGUAUUAACCCCGCUCAUGACCCUAUUUGUACGGCAACCUGCCACAGUUGCUUCCUUUGUCACAUACUCUCUCAUUGUCUAUCUGGUGCUAUCUGUCACAACGCAUUUGCCUACCGGUAAUAUGGUCCAAAUUUCCUGGGAUCAAGAGUUGCAAGGACUCGGCAACGGAUUCCCAGUUGAUGGGGGAAGAGCGAUAUAUGAUUUCGAAGAGUACACAUUCCGUGCGCCGCGACCUGGAUUUUUCUUGGGUGACUCGCUAGCACCUAGUGGAGGUUUAAACCCUGUUAUACUUUCUGAACAGGAGAACGUCGACGAAAAGAUCCCACUUUGCCCGUCAUCACGACCUUACCUAGGCCAACUAGAUAUUCUCGCUACGGAGCUGCUACAUCAAGUUUUCGUGCACCUGGAUGUGUGUUCGAUUCUUUCAUUUCGACGCGUAAACCAGGAUGCCAAAGCUAUGGUCAACAGUUUUCUCCCUUUCCGGUCCAUCGCUACAUUCCCCAAACUAUUGGGGGCAGUAGACGCGCUACAAUGUCGUUUCUGGACACUCGAGACAUUGGUGCGCUGCGUGUUUGACGAGCGUUGCAGCCGCUGCGGACGUUUCGGGGACAUCAUGUAUCUCGUAACGCCUGAGCGUUGGUGCUAUAGGUGUUGGAUACGAGACGAAGAGUUGGUAGUUCAGCGGGUCCCAUCAUCUAUGACAAGUCAUGAAGAGGUAGUCCAGACGUGUCAGAACGUCCCUAAUGUGCGACUUUCGGAGGGAUACUACGGCCUGAAGGCCAACGGCAUCCUGAGCCGGCCCAUGCUCGCGUUCGAUUUGCGUAAAUUACGACACACGUUGCCUACUGCUUCUAAUUGGGAGCGUAGCAGCGUGAGGAAUGGUCACCCUCUUUGCUACACUGCCGUUAUCCGAGCCCCGUAUUGGGAUGCCCAAGCGGCCCGUUUUGAAGAGGGUUACUUCUGUAGAGCGUGCGCCUCUCAAGGUUGGACUCAUAGGAGCCGCCAGGGCCUUGUAUUGUUCCACUGUCUGGAAUUUCCUGUAUGGGGGUCACCGUGGCGUCGAUAUACGCGUGAAGGAAUGCGGGCGCAUAUUGACCGUUAUGGUACAAUCUUCAAAAUACAAACCCCUUUCGAGGAAUCACGAUACGUGCAUGAAAAGCCGUUUACAGAGUUCGUUUGGGAGGAUCCAGACGAACUCCGUGGCAUAGGUCCUCUCUUACAACGUUGUCGGGAGAAGGAGAUCCAACUUGUCCAAGGUCAGCCGUUCCUGAGUGGCUGGGACACCGUUUCUAGUAACCUCGAGAUAAAAGAGUAACAUCAACGAGGCAAGAUGGGCGAGCCGUUCAGCUAUGGCUAUAUUGCCACUUUUACUCAUCAACACGCUUUCUUCCU